CCCUCCUCCCUGCUGCAGCCCUGACUGCUGAGCUGAUGGGUAACAGGCGGGGGAAGGGAGAGAAAAACUCCUCCAGCUGCUCCCUCUGCCUGGCUGAAGUUCCCCCCCUCCCUUCCCCUCCCAGCCAGGAUCCCCCUGCCAUGGAGAUUAGGAGAAGGACACUUGGGCCAGGCCCCACCUUCACUCUACACACCUGUCCCCACCCCUGAACUUCCCCAGCCCCUAGGCUGGGCUCCCCCACUGACCUGGAGCUGUUCUCUGCAGAGGGAGUGUCCCUGGGAGCUGGUAACUCCUCCCCUCCCCAAAUGCCCCAGGGCGAUGGGCUCUGGGGGAUCCAACGUUAAGGCACCAGGACGAUGGGGAUUGAAUGGUUGGGGCUGGUGGAGCUGGGAAGCAGGGGAGCUGGGUGCUGGGGCUAUCAAGUGUUUGGGGAUCAUGGGAUAAGAAGCGAGGGAGAGCACGGGCAGAGAGGUACUGCCUCAUCACUCACCCCCUCUGCCCCUUCUCCCUGCCCUCUCUGCAUUCAGACAGCACCACUGAGAGGAACUGAUUCCCACAGGGCCUUUUGUGGGGGGAGAAGUGGUGGGGAUUAGCUAGCACAUGUCCUCUGCCCCUCCCCCACUCUUCCUGGUCAAACUGACCCUGAGCAUCUUAUUGAUUCUGAGCCCCCAUUAGCAAAGUGGUCGUCUGAGUCACUGAGUUCUCCUGGGGGGAUCUUGUCCCCUUCCCAGAUCCUCAUCUCACUGUCCUCCAGGGUGGUUUGUGGAAGGCUGGGACUAGCGCACCCUGAGACAGACUGAACUUUGGGUUGAGGAUCUAGUUUAUCAGAUAGAAAAGGGAACUUCUAAUGAGUGUAGGCCCUAGUUCGACCUUUCUGAUUUUGGUUUUGCACAUGACCAUGUGACUCCAUCCCGCCCCUUGUUUCUGUUUGGAUCUCUUGUCUCUCUUCAAAUAAAUUGUCCUUUUGUUUUGCUGUCAGCAAAUUCCAGUGCUGUGUGUGAUACCAGAGCGGUGGUCUCCAGUCAAACUGGUCCAGUGAUGUUGUGAUGCUGAGGGGUUCAACCCAGACCAGUGUCAUCGCUUGCCCUGUAAUCCUGGGUGUCUCUCUCUUUUGCAGCCGUGGUUCAGAGCCCUCACACCAGCAGCCUGCGCACAGCACCAGCGCCUCUCACUGGCUUCCACCAGCUUCGGUUCCUCUUUGCCGAGUCACCCCAACUCGCCCCCCAAACCUGAGUCUCCCCAAAGCCGUCUGCCCUGUAGUGUCAGAGCCUCCUGAGCGUAGCACUCACAGAACUUCAGUAACUUUUCUGCUCUCUUAAAGAGACAGGGCACAGCCCCACCCUGUUAGGUUAGCAGAGGACUCGCAUUUCAUUGUGAUCUGCAGCACCGAGAUGGUUUGUUGUAAAACUAAAAAUAAGUUUAUUCUCCUGCACCACAGGGUUAAGGAAUGUCUAGUAAGAGUGAAGGGGCCAGGGAGGUUACAAACAAAACGUGCUUUCUAGGGACUAUAUUUAUCUUCAGUAAGGCUGUGUCUUGGUCUUAGCAGGUGUCUCACCUAGAUUCAGUGUCUGGGGACUUUCGGCCCCCUUGGCUGGAAGGUUCCACCUUUCUCAGAUGUACAGGAGCUCGGCCUUCUUGGAUCUGCCCAGUAAUGGAUGCCAAGCUGGCUUUGUGGCCUGGUUAUAUCUAAGGUUCACAUUUUGUCACGGCUAUUUUUAGUAAAACUCAUGGACAGGUCAUGGGUAAUAAACAAAAAAUCACAGAAGCCCACGACCUGUCUGUGACUUUUACUAAAAAUAAUGGGGGGAGGCUUACGGGGUGAUGACUGAAGCUCAAGGGUUUUUGGAGGGAGGGGAGACUAAGAGCCCAAUCCUCCCCGCUGCGGGGUGGCUGACAACUCCGGGUGCUCCGCCACGCCUGAGAGCUCUGGGGGACCUUCCGCCUCUGAAACGGAAAAUCUCACAGAUGUCUCUGAAGUCUGAACAUCAUGGAAUCCGUGACUUCUGUGAAAUAAUCUUAUCCUUCCUUAUAGCUUCCAGAGUUCAAUGACUUUGCUUCAGGAGGCAGGACGUUUUUGUGCAGCUGUGGCUUCCAUCUCCCAUUGAGAGUGGGAAGUGGCAUCUUCCACAUUGGUCUGCCUACUGGCUUUGUCUGCCCUUCAUGUAAAUGUCAUUUCAUUGUCCUGGCUCCAUUUACAUUGCAGACACAUGCAAGCAGGGGGAAGAACCACAUUCCUUUGCCUGGGGGAGAGGGGUGAUGUAAGCCUUGCCUGACAACACAUUUUAAUAACAUCUUGCAGCAGGUGUUUCUAAUGCUUCAUGUAGUAUCAUCAUGCCAGAAUCUGGCUGAUCAGUGAGUUGUUAGUUUCCAGUGACACCUUUUAGAUACUGAUCAUGGCCCCAGUGAGUUGGGCUGGUCAAGGCAGCUGAAACUCACUGCCAAAGCCCCUGGCCCUCUGGCAUUGGGAUGCUCUCAGGGUUGGAGAGGUGCACUGGUCCUCGGGGAGCUGCAGAUCAGGGAUUUCCGUGGGUAUCCGGUGUUAGGGGGGUGGAUACCCUAGGGGCACACUUUGAAGGGACUCAGGAGCUGGGAUAUGUUGUUACCCUGCAGGGCAAAGGCAGGGCUGGUGUACCCCGGGGGUAGGGUGACCAGAGGUCCUGAUUUUAGGGGACUUGUCCCAUGUCCCGACCUUACAUUGGUCGGGACGCACUUUGUCCCGAUAUCCGGGGGACCGCGGCAAGCCGGCGCCACUCACUUGUUCUUCCGGGGCCCCUGGGGCAGCGCUGCACAGUUGAGCUCCCAGCUGGCGUCUGCCAGGCAGCAGCAGCCCGAGGCGCACACACAGUGAGGCAGGCAGGGAGGAGUUCUCGGCAGCUGGGCUGCAUGCUGGGGGGCGUGGCUUGUUGACGCUGGCAGUGGGCAGAGAGACUGAGUUCCCGCGCCCGCCUCGACUUGACCCGACCCCCAGCCACGCGACCCUCCAGGCCAGGAGCCAGAGCGGGACCUGGUGGUUGCUUGCUACGCGCUGCUCCGGGUUGUUUUCCGGUGUAACGCAAAUUUACGGUAGUGUACAGUUCUGAACCACAGUGCAUACCGUAGGACAAACUACAGUGGGCACGUAAGAACACGUAAGAAGCACAGAGACUGCGCAGUUCUUUUCAGUGGCUAGCUAUCUAGCUAACAGUCUUCAGCCGAAAACCCCACCUGAAAUGGCAACGGCAAGGGAGGAGCCAACUACCAAAAAACAAAAGAGACAGUGCAGAUACAUGACAGAAUGGGAAGCCACUUACACCUGGAUUCGGAAAUCCUAUGAGUGUGAUUCAAAAGCCUUUUGUAAAGCAUGCAGGAAGGAAUUUCCCAUUUGCCAUGGCGGUGAGGCUGAUGUUAAGCAUCAUGCUGAAUCAAAAAAUCAUGGACAAAACACCCAGACUCACAAGAGCAAUACCAUGAUCUCACAUUUUUUCAGCAAGCCAAAUGAAUCCUUCAAUAACAAGGUUAUCGCUGUUGAGCUAACUCAAGUUUACCACACAGUAGUCCAUCAACACUCCUAUCGCUCGUGUGACUGUGAACUUAAACUGGCACCUACCUUCUAUCCAGAUUCAACGAUUGCAAAGCACGUCAGCUGUGGCCGGACUAAAGCGGAGGCAUUGCUCAAAAAUGUGCUGUCACUGCUCUCAACAGAAUUUUUAAAAGACCUCAGCAAGCCAGAUGGUCCCUAUUUCUCAGUUGCCACAGAUGCAUCUAAUAUGGGCAAUGUGAAAACUUUCCCCUUAUCACUGAGAUACUGGACACCUGAACAUGGGGUCCAAGAUAAACUGUUAGACUUCUAUGAGCAAAGCGAAGAGACCGCAGAGGCAAUAAGCAACACAUUACUUGAAAAACUUGCGACCCACAAACUAGACCUAAACAAAGUGUCUUCCUACUGUGCUGAUAGUGCAAAUGUGAAUUAUGGAAAGCAACAAUCAGUGUACCAGAAUUUAAAAAAACAAAAUGAAAAUAUCUUGCCAGCAAACUGCCCUGCCCAUAUUGUGCACAAUGCCGUGAAACAUGGUAGCAAUACCCUACAAGUUGACAUUGAGACUCUGGUGAUUAAGAUGUUCAAUCAUUUCAGCAGUUCUGCUAAGAGAGUAGCAGCAUUGAAGGAUAUAUUUGACUUUGUGGAUAUGGAGUAUGCCACUUUACUGCGCCAUGUUCCAACGCGCUGGUUGAGUCUUUUCCCAGCCGUAAAUAGGCUUGUAAAUACGUGGCAGGCUGUUAAGUGCUACUUUGUUUCUCUGGGCAGUGAGAAGUGUCCAAAAUUUCUAUGGAUGCUGUUCUCGGACAGGGAAAACGGUGAACCAGGUGAGGGGCCUAGCGAACUUGAGGUUCAUCUGUUUUUCCUCCAGAAUGUCCUGAAAAUCUUCAAUGAUACUGUGCUGUGUUUGGAAAAUGAGAGUAUGACGGCAUGUGAAGUGUAUGGCAUAAUGAAUACUCUGAGAACUAAACUUCAGCAAUGGAAAAAUGACAAAUUCUUUGGCUCCAAAGUUGAAAGUGCAUUAACUGAGAUGCUGCCCGUCACUGCUGCAUGUCUCCAGAAAGACUUCCUGAACUUUUACCAUGUGUCGAUCCUAUAUUUGGAGGAAUGGUUUGAUUUUUCAACAGCUGGCUACUUGUUCAAUACCCAGUGCUUGAACAUCAAAGUUAAUAGGGUAUUCGAAUUCAAGGAUCUGUCUGCAGCUGUGACAGCUGUAAACCUUCAGAAAACAGUGGAUCUUGAUCAGCUCUAUGAUGAGUACUGUAUCAUCAAAGACAUCAACUCCAAGUUGGAGCCUGGAAACUAUUCAGUUGGGGAACUCUGGUCUCAAGUGCUGAGAAACAAGGACAGUAGCACUGAAUUCCCGAACAUGGCAAAGCUGGUGUCAUACGUGCUCAGUAUACCCGUAAGCAAUGCAUACUCUGAGCAUGCAUUUUCAAUCAUGAAAGGUGCAUGGACUGAUGUCUGGAAUCGAAGCAGCAUAGACUUGGUGCGGAGUGAAACCCUUGUCAAAAUGAAUUUCCAGAUGAGUUGCAAGGACUUCUACAACUUUGUGAUUGCCCAGAAGCAAGUUAUGGCUAUGGCAAAGUCAGCCAAAAAGUACUAGACUUCUGGCAUAUCUGAGAGAGAUGCAAAUUGGGAAGUUGAUUUAUUGACUGAAUAAAAAACCCGGCCCUUUACCCCGUUGUUUGUUUAGUGUACAAAUAAAU